AUGUCAUCAGUUAAGGACACUGUAGAUCUUGGAGAGAAAGAUGAAGCUCCUUCUGAAAUCAUUCCCUUGGAGCAGUCCAGUCCGCACGGAACAGGAAUUCUAACUGUUAUACUCUUCCAAGCUACUAAUCUGAGCCUACCACAUCUGGGCGAAGGGUCUAGUUCAGUAGGGUUUGCUGAUCCAGAACUGCACAAGCAAUGGCUGCCUUAUGCUGUCUUGGAAUAUGAAAAGUUCCAGGUAUCCGCCGAGUCCAUAUGUUGGGGAAGGAAGGGAAGCGUUCAUUGGAUGGGCAAUCCCACCCCAAUUAAGUUUGACGUCUCUGCCUCUUCUGAGCUUAUCGUGCACCUGUUCGUCAGGAACUAUGAUGUUUCGAAAGAAUGCCAAGUCGUACUGCUUGGGUCGAUCAAAUUGGACCCAUUUCUGGAAUCCCGGACUCUGGGUACGGUGGCGGUAGAUGUUCAAGAUGGGAGCGGAAGAGUGUUACUCGAGGUUUCUUACGUCGCGAAAGAGAUACUCCCCUUAGAUGACUGGAAAAUGUGGCGAGUCUCCAAAGAAGUUAAUACUGGCGAUCUUGUCUAUGUCAAAAAAGAAGACUCGGGUCGAAGCUACGCCAUGAAGACGAUCCCCAUAGACCAAAACGUUUCUGGGUUAGACCUGACAUACAGCCUUUACUCCCGGAUUGAACAUCCCUUCAUCGCAUCGCUCAAAUUUGCGUUCAAAUCGUCUAAGGGGCUGAGCCUUCUUUCAGGGCUGGCUGAUGGCGGACACCUUUUUUCUCACCUCCAAAGGCAGCGACGCUUUGACGUUGACGUUGCGAGACUUUAUGCUGCUGAGCUAGUCUGUGUGCUGGAAUAUCUGCACGGCAAAGGUAUUAUUCUCGCAUCUCUGAGGCCGGAGAAUAUCCUUCUAGACUCAUAUGGCCAUGUCAGUCUAUGCAGUCCCGGCCUCUUCGGGCUCGAGCUGAAGGACAGCGAUCACAUCAUGCCCGGCACACCUGAGUAUCCAGCCCCUGAGGUCGUUCUCGGCCAAGAAACCUCCCGGGAAGUGGAUUGGUGGAGCUUGGGGAUUAUUCUCUAUGAGAUGUUGACCGGACUACCCCCUUUCUACCACGCAGAGGCCGAUGAGCGAGAACGUAGAAUUAUCGGUGAACCUCUACCACAGCUCCCUAACAGCCUUUCACCAACUGCCAGGGACAUUCUAGUUGGGCUUCUCCACAAGGACCCUAAAAAGCGCCUGGGGGCAAACGGGUCUUCAGAGGUAAAAGCUCACGCGUUCUUCCACGAUGUAGAUUGGCAUGAGCUACUUGAGCGGACAUAUAUGACCCCCUUUAAACCCAUCAAUUCCACGCCAGUUUUCAGAGUCGAACCCGACAAACGCAACCCCCCCGCAGUGCGACGACAAUCCAAAGGAAUUAUAUACGAGAAAAUGGAAAUCUUCAGUUACACACGCUGGAAUCCUAUCGAUAAGGUUAGGGAUGGAAAUGAAGAUACUGCCUCGGAGAAGAGUUCUUCUAAAUCUGAAGAUGAUGGGUGGGAGUUGGUGUGGGAGCCAAUAACCCAAGAGUUCCAUUUUAGGAAUCGUUUCACUAACGAGAAACGCCCGGCAAGUCUCAAAGCUCCUGGGCCGGUGGUUGAGGCACAGAAGCCUUUGGAAUCUUCACCUACGGCUGGACGUAAUUUCACCACAGCCCAAGAUAGUGUUGAACUAGUUUCGCACAAUCUUCCCAGUCAAGUUCAGAAGAAGGACGCACUAGCGGCUGCGUUGAAAGCUGGAUACAGUAACCAUACGAUCUCACAAAUCCUUGAAUAUGAAAUAGACUUGAAUACCUGGAUUCUUUACUACGACGAAAGGAGCGAUGGAGACUUUGUGCCAUUUUUACUAGACAACAUUCCAACCACUCCGCUGGAAUGGGCCGUGGGACACGAUAACCUCGGUCUCGUCAACCUUUUCCUAGAAAAAGGAGCCGACGCGAAUUAUACUUGCUACAAGACACAGGGAACUACAAGACACAGGGACCUGCCCUCAUAA